AACGCUAAUUUCGCCCCUGCCUUUAAAUACCUGUCACCUCGUCGCCUCUCCUCUUUCCUGUCAUACACACAAGACAACCAUUCCUGCAAGACAAAGGCCAAGAUCGCCGGGAUUUUUCCAAGACGAGAAAAGAAACAAGGCGAGAUCGAUGAUGAGCAGCGGCCAUUCGUCGCCGAUGGAGUCAAGCGGUGCUCCCCAAUGCCGUAAUGGCGACGGUGCCCCAGCGGUCAGCGCCAAGAAGCUGUGGCGCGCGAUGCAAGCCGUCUACCUCGUCGUCGUCAAGAAGCACCAGCCCAAGCUCGCCGCGCUCGGCGUCCACCUGCACCACCUCCUCUCCAGCAGCAGGCGCGACCGCCGCCGGCGCCGCAGCCUCGCCGCGGCGAGGGAGCAGCACCCGGCGCUGACGUACCUGUCCUCGCUGUCGUGCCGGCCCAUGGACCCGGACGCCGCGGUGGUGCACCCGUACCCGCGCGGGCGCGGCCACGGCCGCCGCCGCGCGUCGUCGAGGCCCGCGGCCCCUACCCUCUCGUGCCGGUCCAUGGACCCCGCCGCCGCCGUGUGCCAUUACCAGUACCGCCCCCGCGAGGUCGAGUUCAGCUGCAAGAGCACGCCAAUGCACAAGCGCCGGCGCCGCGAGCGGCGCCUCCUCCGCCUGCAGGACCGCGCCGCCGCCGAUCAGGGACGCGACCACUCGUCGGAGCCGGAGUACCACUACGGCUCGACCGUCGCGGUGACGAGGCUGUUCGAGCUGAUGGACGUCGAGGAGGAGGCGGCCAGGGCAACGGACCUCGCGAAUUACGACGGGGGCGGCGACCUCGACCUCGAAGCGAAGGCGGCGUGGCCGGCGCUGACUCUGGGGCCGGCGCCGCGGCAGGUGCGGAUUACGGACUCUCCUUACCUGUUGUGGGAUGACGACAGCGAGGAGGGGUGGGGCGCGGUUGACCGGCGCGCCGACGAGUUCAUCACGAGCUUCUACGAGCAGCUGCGCACGCAGCAGCCGCGCUACUUGGCCAAAUAGAUAGGUUGGGUUGGGGGUGCAGAAGCUAGCAGAUUCUGCCUCUUAGUCUUGUGAAUAGUUCAUGCAUCCAUCAAUGCAUGGGUUAGGUUACAUUAUCCCUAGACGAUCGAUGCGCGCUCAUCAUACUUUUACCUACCUUUUUCACAGUUGAUGUGUGAGUUGCAGUGCUUGAUUUUUGUUACCGGCCUUGAGGCUUGAACACAAUACUUGCUGAACUUGUUCGUCGUUUCUUUUCA